CGUAUCCAUCAUCAAGACGAUCUUUCUUCCAAAUUAAACAAAAAGUUUUUGGUUACUGAAAACCUCCGUUCUUUUAUUUUUUGGGAACGUAAGUCGAAGUAGAAGGAACUCUGUUCUAGUGUAUGAUUAGAAUGUCUGGCCCUCAUAUUUGGUUACGUGCAGAAAGUAAGCCUUUGGAGGAACGUAGCGCCUUGACUCCUACAACCGCUAAAAAAUUGGCGAAUGCGGGCUUCCAUGUCACCAUUGAACGCUCUAGUCAGCGUGCUUUCAAGGAUUGGGAGUUUGAGCGAGAAGGAUUCGAAAUGGCUCCUGAAGGAUCAUGGAGAAAUGCUCCUAGUAACGCAUAUAUAUUUGGUUUAAAGGAACUUCCUGAAAACGACAAUAGUCCUCUCAAACAUACUCAUAUUCAAUUCGCUCAUUGCUAUAAAAACCAAGAAGGUUGGCGAGAAGUAUUGUCUCGUUUUCCUCGCGGUAACGGUCUCCUUUACGAUUUGGAGUUUUUACAAGACGAUAAUGGCCGUCGUGUUGCUGCUUUCGGCUACCAUGCAGGCUUUGCUGGAUCCGCUCUUUCAUGUUUGGCUUGGGCUCACCAAAUCUUACAUCCCAAAAAGCCUUUUGGUCCUGUCCGUCCAUUCCCCAACGAGAAAGCUCUUGUGCGUCACGUUGCUCGCCAGAUCCGUCUUGCUCUCCGCAAAAAUAAAAAUGAGUACCCUCGUAUCUUGGUUAUUGGCGCUCUUGGACGAUGCGGUAGUGGUGCUUGCCAGUUGGCCUCAAAAGUUGGUAUCCCUGAAAAGAAUAUUCUCCGGUGGGAUAUUAAUGAGACUAAAAAAGGCGGCCCCUUCCGUGAAAUUGCUGAAUCGGACAUUUUUGUGAAUUGUAUCUAUCUCAGUGCUCCCGUCCCAAAGUUUUGCACCAUUGAAUCUCUUAACGUUCCUACCCGCAAAUUGCGCGUGGUAUGCGAUGUUAGCUGCGAUACCACCAAUCCUAACAAUCCUAUCCCUAUUUACGAUGUCAACACUACAUUCGAUCAUCCGACCGUUCCUGUUGAUGGUAUAAAAGGUUCCUUGCCUCUCGAAGUUAUCUCAAUUGACCACCUUCCUACUUUGCUUCCUAGAGAAUCCUCAGAAGCUUUCAGUGAGGCUCUUCUUCCCAGCUUACUUGCUUUGAAGGAUGUGAAUCACGCUCCCGUCUGGCUCAGAGCUAAGGAGCUUUACGAGGAAAUGGUGAAGAAACUCUAAGUUUGUAAUACAUUUAACACAUUUAACACUCUCUUGCUAAGCUUACUCCAACAGACAGUUGCUUUAAUGAAAGUCAUAAAUCCAUACUGAGUUUGUUUAUCUAGUUAAUUCUUAGAUUAUAUAUUGAUUUCGUUAAGGUGUUGAAUGAAUGUAAUACUGCGAUCAAAAAUUAUUAUAAAUGGUCAGUAUGAGUAGGACGAAAAAAAAAACACGUUGCACGUUCUUUACUCGCUUCCAGAGCUUCCAUGUUAUUAAAGUACAUGAAUAUUAAAUGAAUAAAAACAUCAGAAUUAGGUCU